GCUCCGAAUGUUGCCUGCAAGAACAUGAAUCUUGAUGAAGGCACGUUGGUGUUAGUGCGGUCUUGGAUCAAUGGUUUUGGGAAAUUUUUGUUGCAUGUUAUGGGUUAAUUAUGUUUAUUGAAGAUUCCAACAGUGGAUAUUGCUGGGUAUAUGAAUUUGUUGGCUGCAUCACUGAUUGACUUUGUGGGUCUCAUUAUAUUAGUUUAUCCACGGUCAUGUUGGUUUCAAAUUCUGGAAAUAAUGAUGUGGUUUGGUCAGUAUCAAUUUAGACUAAAGAAAAAAUGCCAUUCAAAAAUGAAGCUUGUGAGGGCUUUUUAAAGUAUUUGUGGAUGCAUGACACUGUAUGAUCUUUAUAGCAAACCUAUCGUCAACGAUUAUACAUAAUUAUAAUGGUUAUCCUGAGCUGUAUAUCUUAAGGAAACCUGCUAUGUGCUGGUUGGUCUACUUAUAACAACUGUCAGAAGAUGGAAAUUUUUUUGACUGCUUGAAAUUGGCUGCUUCUGAAUUCUUCCUGAGAUGUGAUGUGUCACUACGGAAGAUGUUUGCUGGGCCACAUUAAGCUUGGUGUUUCUGGUGCUGCGGGUUCUUGUAUUUUGCAGAUUGGAAUUCUCUUUAUAACAUUCAGCAGUUUAGUUACGGUUCCUAUUUUCUGUUUUAUUUUUUUCGUUGUGUUUUUCCAUUGGAUUUAAUUAAUAGGGUUCAUUUGGGUGAUUUACAGCUGUAUAGGUUUCAACAUUUUCAUUUUUUUUAAUGCGGGUUCUGAGUGCAUGGCCUUUUGGGACUCAACAUAGAUUCUUUUAGUUGGUUCCUCAUCUUUUCAUGUUUCCACUUCUGUUUUUUUUUUUAAUUUUUUUUUGGUUGCACAUGGGAUGAGAGAUGCCUUAAUAUCUUCAUCCCAGUGUCAUUCAGAGUGAUUAUGCAUUCUGGUGUCAAUGGAAUUCACCAAUUUCUUGAUUUACAAUAAAAUACCGGGGUGUGUUAAAGACUUUUAAUUAUGUAAUAAGGAAUGGACAAAUUGGGAGCACGCAAUUUGUCAAAUUGAUUGGAUGCUUGCAGUUCUGUGGUCUUCUUUGGUGGACUCUUUCUCUUGUGUGGUGUGUGUUUCCAUGAUGCUAGAUGUGUUUCAACUGAAGGGUUUGAAACCUAUGCACUGGGAGUCUUCUUCUCUUUGCUGUGUUAGAAAUCAUUUAUGUGCCUUCAUCAUCUGCAUGUUGCAGAUAUGGUCCAAGUUAUCAUUCUAAUCACUCUCUAUAUGAGUGCUAGUCUGAAGUUUUUGCUCCAGAUACAUGAUUGUGGAUUGGAUCAGAUAAAAUAUAUAGGUUUAAGUGGGAAGUAAGCAUUUUAUGAUUCAUGGGGUAAAUGGAUGUGGCUCUUGAAAAUAGGAUCUGGAAUUGUGUUGUUCUGCAGAAAGCAGCUACCAAUCAAUCGUGUGUAUGAGUGAACAUGGUCUUAUUGCUCAUGUCAUAAUAACAUUUACUGGCACUAUGGGUUAUUCUCUUGAGAAGUAACAAGAAGUGCAGUAUUCGAAAGUUGUAAUAUAUGCUACUCAGUAUGGGAUUUCAUGAGUGAUGGAUAUAGACUACGUGCAGGUUCUUCAUCUCCUGUACGGAGGAGGGAUGCUGAUCAUCGCUACAACCCUGAUAUUGACCAUUCUGGUGCGAUGGCACGCAGCCGUGAAGUUGGUAGCACAAGGGAUACUGGUAGAUUUCGAGAUGCUUCACCCCCUUUUGUUCGAGGAAGGGGUGGUGGCAGGCCAUUUGGUAGGGCGGCUGAUGGUCCAGAUAUUGGCCGUGGACCAUUCAGAGGUGAGGGCAUGAGCAGGAACAAUCCAAACGUGCGUCCAAGAGAUGGAGACUGGUUUUGUCCGGAUGUUGGAUGUGGCAACCUGAAUUUUGCAAGACGAGACUACUGUAACAAGUGCAAUAGGGCUCGACCUGGACCUGGGGAAAGUCCUCGAAGGGGUUACCCUGUUCCGCCACCCCCAGAUGCUAUUCCUAGACGAUUUGCUGGUCCUCCACUGGAUCCUUCCCCAGGAAGGAUUAUGAAUGGCUACAGGUCCCCUCCUCGUGCUUGGGCUAGAAAUGGCCCUAGAGAGUUUAUUGGUGGAGAUCUGCCACUUCCCAGACACAACGACAGGUUUCCUGAUCAUCACUUGCGGAGGGAUCGACUGGAUUUUCCAGAUGACAUCUACAGAGGGAGGACCAAGUUUGACAGACCAAUGCCUUUGGAUUGGGGACAUAGGGAUCGAGGAAGGGAGAGCUUCUUUAAUGAUAGGAAAGGAUUUGAAAGGCGAGCUCAAUCUCCACUUCCACCUCCGCCACCACCUCCUCUUAGUCGUGGCCGUUGGGGGCGUGACAUUAGGGAGAGAAGUCGGUCGCCAAUAAGGGGUGGCUUGCCGCCAAAAGAGUACCGCCGGGAUGUCUUCGUGGAACGAGGUCGAGAUGAUCGGCGAGGCAUGGCUCGAAAUCGCAUUGAUGGUGCAUACUGACAUGGUUAGGGAUGCCUUUUUUAUAGAGAGAGAGAGAGAAUGGGGUACUUUGAAGGGGCAAACGGAAGGAUGAGUACAGAUUUGGGGCCCACUGAUGUUUAUUUAGUUCCUCAGAUACUUUGUUUAACAUUUCUGGAAGUUUUAGCUGGUUUUAGGUUUAUGCAUUUUAUAAUUUGGGUUUGGAAAUUAUUGGUUCUUUGGAUUUGGAUGAAAAGUUUCGUCCUUCAGUGCUGUCUAUUUCUUCCGGAGCAAUUCAACGUGUUUAUCUGUUAAACGGAGUGAGUGGUAUUUGCUAUGAAAAUUUGGGGUGCAUAUGCCCUUCUUCAUUAAUGCAGUCAUUGCAUUGGAGUACAAAUAUGGGGUGUGAUUACCGAAGUUUCUUUUUUCUUUUUACCCAUAUUAAGGUUGGUUUCUCAAAAAUAUAUGUAUAUAUGCAGUAUAUAUUAUAUUCAUUGAUCAAGAUUGGAAAUAAAAGAGGCGUCGUAUUUCUUAAA